AUGAGUAGAAAACUGCUUUUAAUCUUUCUCGUAAUUAGUGGAAUAGUAGCAGUGUGUGAUUCAAAACAAAGAGUACUUAAUGAGGAUGUUCAAUUUCCAACAUUUAACGAAAAACUAUAUGAGGAAGUGCUAAACCCAGAACAUUGUCAAAAACAAACAGAGUAUAUAACAAGAAAUGAUACACUCUUACGUGCGAAAUUUCUUGACGCUGGUUUACGAAUACCAAAGGGUAUCUUAAUGGGCAAUACUAUUGAUAUGGGUAACUAUUACCAGUGCUUAGGGAUUAAGGAAAAUGUUAACGAUAUGAAUAUUCAGGGCAAAUAUUGCAUGAUACAGGCAACAUUAAAUCAAGAUCACCUAAACCAAUUUUUAUCGACAUCACAAUUAUCAGAGACAGAGCAACGUUUGUUAAAAACAGUUUUAAAUAAUGUAACGAAAGAGAAGAAACCUGACGUUUUCCCAAAUCCAAUUUUUAAACCCAAUUUCAAUUAUCAAAGAAGUGGAUCAGACAGUCAAUUAUCUAAAUCAGAAUUCUCAUUAGCUGUAUGCAUACCAGCAGCAUGCACUACACAAGAGGGUAUCAAUGCACUUUUAUUUAAUAUCAGUGCUAUUGGCUUAGAGUACACUGAAUACUUUUGUCGACUUCCCGACGAUAAACCGUGGGCACCUGUUGAUUACGUCGCCAUAGCAAUUUUCUAUAUAGUUGGAAUUUUAACUUUCCUAUGUACAUCUUAUGAUAUAUAUCAUAAAUGGAUUCUUAAAAGCGAUAAGCGAAACAAGAAUUCCCUAUUCUUCUGUUUUUCUGUAUAUUCUAACACACAACGUCUGCUGAACUUUACUUCUGGGCCUGACUCCUUAGAAUGUAUUGACGGCAUCAGGGCGUUGGCAAUGAUAUGGGUCAUUCUGGGCCAUACCUUUUACUCAUUACCAUUUAAUAUAAACCCUAUUGAUACUUUACUAUGGGCAAUUUCACUUAAUGCCAUUUGGGUGACAUCAGCUCCUAUGACGGUCGAUACAUUCUUUUUGCUGAGUGGAUUGUUGGUAGUUUAUUCUACAGCAGGAAAAUUAACAGGGGAAAAACUCAUAAAGAAUGUACAUUUGUUCUAUCUCAAUCGCCUCUUGCGAAUGUUUCCUGUGCUUGCUGCAAUGGUGCUUUUUGAAACCUCGUUAUAUAAUCGAGUUUCUGACGGUCCUUUAUGGGAAGGCUUGGCUUCAAAUAUCGUUAAUUGCAGGCAGUACUGGUGGUCAACUCUUCUACAUAUUCAAAAUUUUGUCAACCCACGGGACCUUUGUCUUGGAGUAACGUGGUAUCUAUCUUUAGAUGUUCAGUUGCAUAUUCUGUCGCCCAUAGUACUUUUUUGGGUGCUGAGUACCAGAAAAUAUCCUCCUUGGAUAGCCCUGACGUCUACACUGUUGAGCGUGCUUACAGCUUCUACUAUAUACAUUUUCCACAUUGACAUGCCGUCUGGAGUAAUUUCACCUAAUCGAGUUCAGGAAAUGAAUGAUUUCUUUGUGAAGUACUAUAUAAACACAUUAUCACGUGCCUCACCUUUUUGCGUUGGUAUGAUUUUUGGAUAUAUUUUGCACUUAUGGAGAGGAAAAAAACUAAGAAUCUCUGUGGUUUUAGCAAUGCUAAUUUGGUGUGCAACUUUCCUUCUACUAGGAGCAAUAAUAUACUGCACGAAUAUAAGUAUGCAGUUAGAUUGGGACAAUCAGCUUGCUGACAAUAUUUUCAAUUCCUUUUUGAGACCUUUAUGGGCUUUGGCCUUGGGCUGGAUUAUUUUCGCUUGUGUUAAAGGAUUCGGAGGGCCUAUCAACUGGUUUCUAUCACUACAAGUAUGGAAGCUCCCGGCACGACUGUCAUACGCCAUGUAUAUAAUUCACUUUUCUGUCAUGCUUGCCUAUUACUACUCUGCAGUUAUACCGAUUUAUUUUACUUUACCUGCUUUAAUGUUUAACUUCCUUGGAUUCUUCUUUCUUACAUUUGUACUGGCAUUUGCUGUCACAGUAGUCAUUGAUGUACCAUGUUCAAUACUAAUCAAGAUUCUUCUAGGUAAAGGUACUAAAAAGAGUGCCAAUAUUCCUGAUAAAAAAGAGAGCACGACAAGUGGAAUAGCACCUGCAAAGGUUAAAGUAAGCUCUACAAAUCCAGCUUUUAUUUCCGACGAAGAUAAAUCAAACACUGUAUUAAUAUAA